GAAGAGGAGGAGGAAGAUGAGAAGAAGGAGGAGGAGGAAGAGGAGGAGGAAGAGGAGAAGGAGGUGGAGGAGGAAGAUGAGAAGAAGGAGGAGGAGGAGGAGGAGGAAGUGGAGGUGGAGGAGGAAGAGGAGGAAGAGGAGGAGGAAGUGGAGGAGGAGGAGGAGGAAGAUGAGAAGAAGGAGGAGGAGGAGGAGGAGGAAGAGGAGGAGGAAGAUGAGAAGAAGGAGGAGGAGGAGGAAGAGGAGGAGGAAGAGGAGAAGGAGGUGGAGGAGGAAGAGGAGAAGAAGGAGGAGGAGGAGGAGGAGGAAGUGGAGGUGGAGGAGGAAGAGGAGAAGGAGGAGGAGGAGGAGGAAGUGGAGGUGAGGGAGGAAGAGGAGAAGGAGGAGGAGGAGGAGGAGGAGGAAGAGGAGGAGGAAGAUGAGAAGAAGGAGGAGGAGGAGGAAGAGGAGGAGGAAGAGGAGAAGGAGGUGGAGGAGGAAGAUGAGAAGAAGGAGGAGGAGGAGGAGGAGGAAGAGGAGGAAGUGGAGGUGGAGGAGGAAGAGGAGGAGGAGGAGGAAGAUGAGGAGGAGGCAGAGGAAGAGGAGGAAGAGGAGGAGGAAGUGGAGGAGGAGGAGGAAGAUGAG